UUCCAUAAGUGUUUAUUAUCUCCUCCUAUAAAAGUAGUAGUGUUUUUGAUAAAUCAAUGGUAAUUCACUAGAUCAAUUAAACCCUUUUGAAAAACUGAAAAAAUUUCAUUAAUUAGUUUCUUUGCACUGUAUACUCACUCAGAUAAGAGACUUUAAGGCGUGUGAAAAACUGAAAAAAUAAAAUAAUGGUGGAAGGAGGUGUUGUGAAAGCAGCGGACAAGACAGAAUUCACAGAAUGUUGGAAGGUAACAUGGAAGACUCCUUAUAUUAUGAGGCUUGCUUUCUCCGCUGGAAUUGGAGGUCUUCUUUUCGGCUACGAUACAGGGGUUAUUUCUGGUGCCUUGCUUUACAUUAAAGAGGAUUUUGAGGCUGUUGGCAGAAACACCUUUCUACAGGAAUUGAUUGUAAGUACUUGUGUUUUAGGAGCAAUUUUUGGUGCUGCAAUUGGUGGAUUUUGCAGUGACAGUUUAGGGAGGAGAAAAACCAUUUUAGUUGCAGAUUUUUUGUUCUUCGUUGGUGCAAUAGUCAUGGCUGUUGCUCCACAUCCAUGGAUUAUUAUUGUUGGAAGAUUUCUAGUUGGCUUAGGAGUUGGAAUGGCAUCCAUGACUGCCCCUCUUUAUAUAUCAGAAGCUUCACCGGCACGAAUUCGAGGUGCUCUUGUUAGCAUGAAUGGCCUGAUGAUUACUGGGGGACAGUUCUUGGCUUACCUCAUCAAUCUGGCUUUCACUAGGGCUCCUGGAACUUGGCGUUGGAUGCUUGGGGUGGCCGGAACCCCUGCUCUAAUUCAAUUUGUGCUGAUGCUGUCGCUUCCUGAGUCUCCUAGAUGGCUCUACCGAGCGAACAAGGUUGAUGAGGCUAGAACUGUUCUCGCGAGAAUAUAUCCUCCUGAUGAAGUUGAGAGUGAGAUAAAUGCCUUGAAAGAAUCCGUUCAAAAUGAGAAGGAAAUUGAAGAUUCUAUUGGAACAACCACACUCUCUAAAGUAAAGGGUGCUUUCAAAGACCCUGUUGUCCGCAGGGGACUCUACGCAGGCAUUACAGUUCAAGUUGCUCAGCAAUUUGUGGGCAUCAAUACUGUCAUGUAUUAUUCCCCGACCAUAGUUCAGUUUGCUGGAUUUGCUUCAAAAUCAGUGGCCUUAGCCCUUUCUCUGGUUACUUCUGGCCUCAAUGCUCUCGGCUCCAUCAUCAGUAUGCUUUUCGUUGAUAGAUAUGGGAGGAGAAAGUUGAUGAUUAUCUCAAUGUUCGGCAUCAUUACUUGCCUUGUGGUUCUCGCGAUCGUGUUUCAACAAGCUUCCAUCCACUCUCCGGGGAUUAGUCAAGUAGAAUCUGCACAUUUUGGUGCUAACUCUACAUGUCCAAGUUAUUUCUCUAAUGUAAAUAAAAAUAAAUGGGACUGCAUGAGUUGCUUGAAAGCACAAUGUUCUUUCUGUUCUAAUGCUGAAAACCAAUACCAUCCUGGAGCCUGCCUAGUUUCAAACAAGGAUUUAAAAGGUUCAUGUCUUGCGCAAAAAGGCGUUUGGUUUGAGGAAGGUUGCCCAAGCAAAAUUGGAUUCUUUGCGGUUAUACUUCUCGGCUUGUACAUUAUUUCCUACUCGCCUGGAAUGGGAACUGCGCCGUGGAUCGUAAACUCGGAGAUAUACCCACUGAGAUAUAGGGGUGUAGGUGGAGGAAUAGCAGCAGUGGCAAACUGGACUUCAAAUCUGAUUGUGAGUCUAACCUUCUUAACACUCACUGAAACCCUCACCGUUGCCGGAGCCUUCCUGCUAUUCGCUGGAAUUUCUUUCCUUGCACUUAUCGCCAUCUUCUUCUUGGUACCUGAAACCAAAGGUCUACAAUUCGAGGAGGUUGAGAAGAUGCUGAAGUCUGGGUUCAGACCAAAACUAUUCGGUAAAAACACAAAAGGAGCCGAUUCUGUCUGAAUUUAACGCGGGAAAAAAACACCCUUUUCUAGCAUUAUAUAGCUAGACUGCUUUGCCACAAUAUCUCAGACAGUGCUUUGCCAUCGACAUUAUUUAAUGUUGCUGAUGCAUUUCUUUGUAUCUCAUUGGGUAUCUGUAAUUAAUAAUGGUUUCCUCCUGUUCUGUAAUCAUUUUUAAUUUCCAUGUUAGUUUAAGUUCUUGCUACUACGAACAUGCUGAUGAGCUCUACUAUUAUCAAAGCACAGCCCAAACAAGAUUUUAUUA